AUGCCAAUUGAGGUGGUUAUGUUCAGUGUGGGAGCUGCCAUCCUCAUGCUGGUACUAACGAUCCUGCAAAGUUCCUUCAAAUCUGCUCUAAGAAAGAACUCUUCAUGUCCCAAUGGAAAAACUCCACCAGGCCCUCCAAGCCGUUUCCUCAUUGGCAACAUGAUGGAGUUAGCCCGCGACCACCUGCCAAUACACCUAACCCGCCUGGCACAAAACUAUGGGGAUAUCUACCAACUUAAAUAUGGAAAUACUCGACUGGUAGUUCUGAACAGCAGUGAGGUCAUUAGAGAAGCUUUGGUGAAAAAAUGGUCCGACUUUGCUGGGAGACCCAUGUCAUUUACAGGAAAUUUCGUCUCUGGUGGAGGGCGAUCCAUUUCUCUGGGAGAUUACAAUGACGAGUGGCGGGCCCAUCGUCGUCUAGUUCAUGGCGCAUUGCUGCGAUGCUGCCAUCAAUCUUUGCAUGAUGUGAUUGAAAAGCAGGCGACACAGCUCUGCAAGGUUCUGAAGGCCUAUCAAGGCAGUGCAGUUGAUCUGUCUGAGGAUUUCACAGUGGCGGCAAGUAAUGUGAUCACCACUUUGACUUUUGGAAAGGAAUAUGACAAGAGUUCUUCAGAGCUGCAGGAGUUACACAAAUGUCUGAAUGAGAUUGUCGGUCUCUGGGGCUCCUCUUGGAUUUCUGCCCUGGACUCUUUUCCUUUACUGAGAAAAUUACCCAACCCUGUCUUCUCCCGUCUCAUGCGAGAGGUGACGAAGAGAGACAACAUCAUACGCAAACACCUCAAUGAAUACAAGUUACAAAACAAGAAACCAAAUGGCACCAUCGCAGGCUGCUUCCUCGAGGGACUCAACACAGAGGACGGAGUGAACCAGCUGCUGACAGACACUCAUGCCCACAUGGCCACUGUGGACCUGCUCAUCGGAGGAACAGAGACCACUGCAGCUUGGCUCAACUGGACUGUAGCGUUCCUCUUGCAUCGACCAGAGGUCCAGACUCAGGUCUAUGAAGAGCUGUGCACGGUAGCAGAGGGUCACUAUCCCAAAUACAGUGAAAGGCACAAACUUCCCGUCCUGAGUGCUCUCGUCAACGAAGUGCUCCGACUCAGGCCCGUCGCUCCACUGGCUGUACCACACAGAACUAUCAGAGACAGCAGUAUUGCAGGUUAUUUCAUCCCCAAGAACACAGUGAUCAUUCCUAAUCUUUUUGGAGCCCACCACGAUCCUUCAGUCUGGACGGAACCCCACAGCUUCAAACCAGAACGUUUCCUAGAGGGAGGAGGAGCCUCCCCUAGAGCCCUGAUCCCUUUUGGAGGGGGGGCUCGCCUUUGCCUGGGGGAGUCAGUUGCUAAAAUGGAGCUUUUCCUCUUCAUGGCGUAUUUGCUGAGAGAUUUUCACUUCUUGCCCGCUGAUGCCUGUCUGCCCGACCUGAGGGGCAUAGCUAGUGUUGUGCUCAAGGUGAAGGCCUACAAAGUAAUUGCUCGCCCACAACCUGAUCACAUGAGGGUCAAGGCAGUGCUGGAGCUUAUCCCAGCAAACUAUGGGCUCAAGGUGGGCUAA